AACAACAACAACAACAACAACAACAACCGCAGCAGCAGCAGCAGUCUCUUCCCGGUCCAACACCGUCCAAAUCAACACGCCAACCAGCCCCACGUGACACCACCACAACCACUGUCGCCACAGCCAACAACGGCAACAUCAACAGCACCAGCACCACCAGCACCACCACCAGCAGCGGGGGUGGGAACGCGAUUGCGAUGGGAAUGGCGGCUGUUGGGCGGUCGUCCAUGUCGCGGAUUGGGCGAGGUCUACAGGGGUUCGCAGCGAUGGUCCACAGGCGCACGUCGGUGUCACACCACCACCAGCAGCAGCAGCAGCAGCAGCAGCAGCAGCAGCAUGUUGCUGAUGACGGUGGUGGCGUUGUUGAUGGUGGUGGCAGUGAAGGCGGUGACAGCACCGAUAGCGGUGGAGACUCGAAGCAUCAACGCAAACAGCAGCAGCAGCAGCUGCUGCAGCAACGACAACCACAGUCCCCACCACCACCACCAUCAUCAUCAUCGUCAUCACCAUCUGCGUCGUCGGCAUUGCCGCGGGGACGAGGGCGGCGAUCAACGGGUGACGCAAGGGCCCUUGCGAACGCCCGCGCAAACGAGCGUUACGUGGAGGACCUGAAGCGGAGCGUUGCGCGUCUGCAAAUGGAAAACGCGAAGAAUGAAGAGCGAAUCCUGGACCUGUACAAGCAGAAUGUCGCGAAGGACGCCGUGAUUCAGUACUGCACCGUUCCCGACACGCCCGAACGCGUCGAACUCUUCAAGGAGCGAUCUGUGCGUCUCGAUGCGCUGCAGGACGAACUGAAGGCCGCAAUGGUCGAGAUUGACACUCUGCAGAAGAAGAAGACAAAGUACAAGGAUGCAUUCCAGGAAUUGCAGAACAAGCGAUCAGAUCACGUGUGUGAAAUUGUCGAAUUGCAAGCGCAGCUGCAAGAUGCCGGCCGGGAGAUUGCGCGGCUGAAGGCGGAGAAUCAGCGGUUGAAGCAGCAGCAGCAGCUCGCGCGGGCACGAGAAGCUGCUGAGAGCGCGGCUGCGGAUGCGACGGCGGAACUUGCUCGAUCGCGCGAGGAGAAUCAGCUCUUGUUUGCACAGGUGCAGGCGCUGGCCCAGUCCCUCCAGGAGAAAGACAGUGAAAAGCAACAACUUGCCGAAGAACUUCACGAUCUCUUCAAGGAUCACAUCAAAGUCCUCUCACAGCAGUCAGGCAUUGCUGCUUCUGAGACGAAGAAAAUCCAGCACAUCUCCGAAUCCAACGGCUUUGGCGAAUGCGACAAUUACAUUGAGGGCGAUUAUGACCAGCUCGGUUUCCAAGUGAAGACGCUUGCCCGCAUGUACACCAACUCUGCCGAGGAGCAGGCGCGCGAACGCGAACGAGAAGCGCAAUGGUCUGCGCUGCUUGAGCGCUGCGGCACGCGUGUGAUGUUCGACGCGUUUCGAGACGUCAAGGAGCUGGCCCGCGCCGGUUUGCCGCAUUCCCGGCGUGCGCAAGUGUGGCGCCUGAUGAUUCACUACCACACGCGACGCGACAAACACCGCUCAUACAACCCCUCAGAUUACGAGGCGAGCAUCACAAUGUUCACCAAGCAGAUUGACCUCGACCUGAUGCGAACAUUUCCGCAUCACCGCGACUUCAGCCGGGCGGACUCGGACGCCGUCCAGAAACUUCGACGCGUCCUCGUCACAUUCGCACACAGAUACCCAGACGUUGGGUACUGCCAGGGCCUGAACAUGAUUGCGGGGCUGCUGCUGCUCAUUGUGGACGAGGAGACGGCGUUCUGGGGCCUCGUGGCCGCCGUGCACCACUUGCAGCCAAAGGACUACUACACGUCGUCCAUGCUUGGGGUGCAGGUCGACCAGCGCGUGCUGCGCGAUCUCCUGCGUGUGCGUUUUAAACGCAUUGCGUCGCAUUUAGAACGCCUUAACACGGACUUCAGCCUGGCUGCCUUCAACUUCAUGCUCACCAUUGGCAUUGACGCCGUCCCCAUCUCCACUGCUCUGCGCAUCCUCGACUGCUUCUUCUGCGAAGGCAACAAGGUCCUGUUCCGGUGUGCGCUGGCGAUGUUCGCCAUGCACGAGAAGGAGAUCCUGCAGUACACAGACCGCAUGCAGCUCUUUGAGUUCUUCAGAACAAUGGGCAAACGACUGUAUGACGUGGAAACGCUCUUUGAGUUUGCAUUCAAGGUGUUGAAUUCGGGCAUUCAGGGGUUCUCGAAGCAGCUCAUCUACAAACUGCGCGCCGACCACGAGUCGGACAUCCGUGGCGAGAUGGACGUGCUGGCGAAGCGACGGGCUGAGAUUGAGCGCGAACACGAAGACAAGCAGAUGAAAAGGAAGCAGCAGCAGGAGCAAGAGCAACAGGAGCAAGACGAGCAGCAGCGGAAGCCCGCCUGUGGUGCUGAUGGGACAGGCGCGAACAGCGAUAACGAAGAUGACGAUGACGGUGGUGAUGAUAGUGACGAUGAGUUGUCGACCUCAAAUGGCCGGCGGCGUACGCGGCGUAAGCGAUCGUCGUCCACUGGAUCACAGCGACCUCGCACAUCCAUACAACGACAGCAGCCAAGACCGCAGCAGCAGGAACGAGGUGAACGCAGGCAGAGCGGGUUUGGGCGAUCGCACGUGCUGCACACCGACAGCGAUGACAGCGAUGCUGUGGUUGUGGACCCGUCAACGCCGCGCGAGUUUGACAGUGUUUCGUUUGCUGCAUUGCGCCAGCAGGCAGGCACUGACACCAGCGACGACGAGGGGGAUGAUGGUGCGGACGGUGGUGUGGGUGAAGGCGGAGGGCAGAGCGGUGCUGGUGAUCGGAAGCAGACGGCUGCAUGUGUUGUUGAUGAUGGAGUUCAGAAGCUGCACCUGUCCCGCUCUGGCGACAACGCGGCCUCUGCCGACGUUGACGUGUGAUGAUUGAUGUCAUUGGCAGUAUGUGUGAUAGAAUACACGCAUGGUUCUGUGUGAUCCGUUCGACAGCGCUGCUGAUAACACAUUGAGCUGCCACAUUCAACACUGAAUCGCCCA